AAUCACAGCAGCCGUACACCGCACUGUUCCUCCGACAGUCAGAAACAUGGCGCUACGGGAGCUAUCCUCGCUGGAGAAAUAUUUGGGUCUGAAAAAGCCGAACAAGUACAGCACACAGGGGGAUAAAAAGGUACCUGUGCUACAGAAUAAUAAUGGUCCUCCACUGCUGGGGCUGGCGACCAUCGCCUGUCACCUGGUGAAAGAAGCCAAACGCCCAGAGCUGCUGGGUGACACUGCAGAGAGCAGGGCAGUGGUGCAGCAGUGGCUGGAGUACAGAGUGACCAAGCUGGACAGCUGCGCAAAGGAAGACAUCAAGAUCAUCCUGAAGGACCUCAACCUCUACCUGCAAGACAAGGUCUACCUGGCAGGGAACCGCUUCACUGUAGCCGAUACUCUCAUGUACUACGGAAUCCAUCCGCUCAUAGUGGACUUGGCCGUCCAGGAGAAGGAGCAGUACGUUAACGUUACGAGGUGGUUCGACCACAUCCAGCACUAUCCUGGUGUCCGACAUCACCUCCCUCCAGUAGUUGUGCUCAGGAACAGAAUUUACACCAGCAGACACCACUGAGACCUGACACCCACCUACCCAGCCUGACCCAUCACAGCCCCUUUGUCCUCUGGACCAGACCUGGGCGUAUAGUCUCAUAAAAUCCAAGAUUGUGUCACAAGCUGAGGAUGUUCCCCCACCGUCAUAUCGAUCUGCUUUGGAUCAUAAUUCCGGCCUCCAUGUUUUUUCAGUCACUUAUCUGAAAUCUGUCUGUUUCCUCUUUGGUUAAUCAAAAAAUUCAGUUGGAAAAAUGUUUUAGUGUAACCGGUUCUACUAAGGAACGCUAAUAAACAUCUAUUUCAGUUCGAAGUCAUAAAGCAAUGUGGGUGUUUUUAAUAGUUGCAUUGCCCGGCAGCAUUGGGUUUUGGCUUUAGUGAGGGUUGGAGGAGAAAGAAAGAAGGUUCUGUGUCAUCUUAUCCCCUCCAUCAUUCAGUCAUGCUAACACUAUUUAUAAAAAGUCUGGUAUCUUAAUCGCUAUUCAGUGAUGAGGGACGGUUAGCUGGUUUAUGUUGUUUGCUCGGGAUGUGUGUGACUUUCAGAAGUCUCAUAUGACUGUUUUGAAAGGGAAGGCUGUAUGGGUUGCGGUGAAGGGCCGCUAGCUCGGAAAAAAAUGUGUUUCUGUUUAUAAAUUGAGAUGUUUUGUUUAAUCUGGGCCUUGAACAUGUGAGGAGAAGUAUUACCGGUUCAAAGAAGACUUAGGAUGGUGCUGCACUAGCGGUACAUUAUGUCCUUUGGGAAAUGCAGCAUCCUACCUGCCAUGUCAAUGCAUUUCACCACCAGAUCCAUGUGCUGGCUGGCUCGGCAUCAUAACCCCACAAAGACCACAGUCCAUAUUGUUUUACCAUUUCUCUGGCUCUGUAUCUUAUCAGUCCUUGUGCUCUUUUCAGUCCUAUUAUUGUUUUUGAUAGGAUUUUUACGCUUUUACAUGCAACUCCUGGCCAUUUCACCGGACAGUUUAGCUUCUGUGUGUGUGUGUUUUUGUUCGUUCCUGAUUACACUCCUGCUCUCUGUUCCACUUCCUCACCACCAGUUGUGUGGGCUGCAGUGAGCAGUUGAGCGUCAGCCCCAGAGUCAGAGAUCAGAGUGAGGCUCCAAUCAGUCCCACUACCACCACUGUUGAUGCUGCAGGCCAGAGAGAGGGCAGCGGGCUCACCAGCUGCCACACAGAUCCAGCCAGCCAAGGCCAGAACCCAGGCCCCUGGGCGACAGUCAGCCACUGUGUGUCAUUUCAACCCUCACGCUCCCACGGGGGCUACUGGAGAGAGAAGGACGACGGGAGGCAGCGAGAGAGAGAGAGAGAGCGAGGGAGGGAGGCCACACGGAGGAAAAAGAGCACCCAGAGGCCGAGGGAUCUUUUUGUGACAUGUGAACAAUGAUCUGUGCCUCCGAAAGCCUUCCUGCUGCUGGCUGGGUGUUUGACCAUUAACAGGCCAGAGCAUGGCAGUGGUGGCUGAACCUGUAGAUUAACAUAAAAGUCAUGGAGAAAACACUAAAUAUAUGUGUUCGGUUUAUGGUCUUACUGAUUGAUAAUGUCAUUGCUUUCUAACUGUAACGCUUUGGUCGGCUAAAACCAUUCAGCAGAUAAAUGAUGGGACUGAUCUCUUCAUCUAAUGACCUUAAUAUUCUCUGUUCUCUUUCUAAAUGCUGACUUUUCACCCGUGUUUUUAAAUCCAGAGGCUCUGCAUAUCGCCUGUUGCUUAAAGCCAAAUGGUUUCGUUAUCAGAUGUAAACAUGAUGUUAAAUCCUGUGCCAAUAAAUCAAAGGGAUACGCAGCUCAUGA